UGUUCCCCAUCGGCCGUGGACGAGUCAGCGAGUCUGUGUGAGGCCAUGGGAGGGCGGUUGGCGGCUGUCACAGACCGCGAUGAAUACAUUUUCCUCAAACAGUUCAUCCUGUCCCAACUGACCGACGAUACCACGGUGUGGAUCAGCGGCACGGAUCGAUACCGCUGGGGGCACUGGGUAGACAUCCACGACCAGAAGCCGGUAUCGAUUCUGGAUCUUGCCUCUCCACCCACGUCACGGUACCAGCAAGAUGGCGGACACUGCCUGGCCCUGACCGCUCUACACAAUGAGGUCAAGAUGCGAGCCGUCCCGUGCCAGGUCGACACCCAACAGUCGUCUGCUCAUGUACCAGAUCUGUCGGUGACAGACGCGGACAUUGACCAGUACGGGCCGGCCAGUGUCCGCUAUGAGCUGGCCCAUGAAGUCACUGUGCCGUUUGCCAUCGAUGCCACGUCUGGUGAGCUAACGGUCCUCCUGGCUACAUCAGCUGACCGAUCGGCCGUGCUGGACAGAGAGACCAGGGACUUCUAUGACCUGCAGAUCUUUGCUGUGGACUACUUUGGACGAGGUAGAAACGCGUCUGCGCAUGUCCUGGUCAACAUCACAGACGUGAACGACGAGGCGCCGUACUUUCUGCAGCCGGUCUAUGAGUUCAACGUGUCCGAGGCCACAGCGAGGGGGCACGUGAUUGGUCAAGUGCAGGCAGACGACAAGGACUUGCGCAGUGCCGUGCUCAUCUACACCAUGGACGACUCCAAAAUGUUUUCUCUCAAUCCACUCACAGGUAAUGUGACGGUGGUCGGAAUGUUGGAUCGGGAGACACAGAGUGAGUACGAGCUGACCGUACGUGUGUCUGACGGGCUCAACACGGGCAACACCACGGUGCGCGUCCACCUGACAGACUCCAACGACAACUGCCCGGUGUGGGAUGUUGGCAGCCUCGCGGUGAACGUCACAGAGAACCAGGCACCCAGCUCGCUGGACAUUGGUCAGUUACUGGCGGUGGACGGUGACCUGGGGCCUAAUGGUGAAGUCACAUUCUUCAUCAAUGACACCUACUGGAUGGAUUUUCUCCACAUUUCCCCGAAUGGUUCGAUCUUCCUGGGCAAGCCGCUCCCCCGCUCCCCGCCCCCGCCAUAUAGCGUGCCCGUGUACGCCAGUGAUGGUGGUCUGGAGCCUUGCGUGGUGUCGGACCACCUCACUGUCGCCGUGAUGGAAGAAAAUGAUUUUGACCCGGAGAUUUGUUACAAAGGACAGUGUGGGGUGUCAGAUAUUGAGGGCAACAUCACGACCACUGGCGGGCUGGACAGAGAGACACAGAGCCUGUACCACGUCACAGUCCAGGCCAGGGACAGUACCCGGGCCACGCUCUCCGCUCUCGCAAUGGCCACAGACCACGGCGUGCCACCCCAACACUCCAAUCUGACUGUGGUGGUGGAGGUGGUAGACAUCAACGACAACAGCCCCGUGUUCGAAUCCCCAGAGUACACCGUCACCUUUUCCAACCUCAGUGUGCCUAUGCAACAG